UAUUUGAGGCUUGUGGAGUAUAGAGAUAUUUUUUUGGGUGACGAAAUUCCUGUAUUCUGGGUAUUUUUAAAAAACGUGACUGGAAGCUCUAGCAACACUGUUAUAAAUGAAUCGGCCAUUUUGAAAGCUAAGAAUUACUCUUCAAGAUCAUUUUCAACAUGUCAUCAAAUGAUGAAAAUAGUUAUAUUGUUAGGCUUAGAGGACUUCCUUGGUCUGUUAAGAAGGAUGAAGUAAUGCAUUUCUUAAGAGAAUGUCAGAUUCUUAAUGGAGAAGAUGGCAUACAUUUCACAUAUUCAAGAGAAGGACGGCCCAGUGGUGAAGCUUUUGUUGAGCUUGAGACUGAAGAAGAUCUACGCAAUGCUCAGGCCCAAAAUAAUGAACACAUUGGAAGUAGAUACAUUGAAGUAUUCAGAGUGGACAGAUCUGAGAUGGAAUGGAUGAUAAAAAGAGCCGGAGCUGGUGUUUCACAAAACCAAGGCGCCUCUGAUGCUGUGGUAAAACUCAGAGGUUUACCCUUUGGCUGCUCAAAAGAAGAAAUUGCUCAAUUUUUUACUGGGUUGGAGAUAGUUCCCAAUGGAAUUAUGCUCCCUGAAGAUCGGCAGGGGAGAAGCACAGGGGAAGCAUUUGUACAAUUUGCAUCACCAUCAAUAGCAGAGAGGGCUUUGGAAAAACACAAAGAAAGGAUAGGUCACAGGUACAUUGAGAUUUUCAAAAGCAGCAUGUCAGAGGCCAAUGCUGCUGGAGGUGUGGUGAGAGGGAUUCGACCACUUAUGUCUGGACUAUCUUUGAGACCAGGACCUUAUGACAGAGGUGAUAGAUUCAAUAUGGGCUUGGGAGUGAUGGGACUGGCCUUUGGUCGUGGACGUGGCAGGAAUCUUAAAGGUUUUUAUGAUGAUGAUUUCGAUGACUUUGGCUUUGGAGGAGGAAUAGGCUUUGGUUUGCGCAGUCGGAGACUGGCAUUUGCUAAUAGAGGAUUAGGCAUGGGGAUGGAUCGACGAGAUUUUCAUCCAGGUUCUUGCUAUAUUAGUAAAACAGGACAUUCAGUGCAUAUGAGAGGACUGCCAUUUCAGGCUCUUGAACAGGAUGUGUUUGAUUUUUUCUCACCAAUUCAACCAGUGCGAUGUGAAUUUGAAUUUGGGGAAAAUGGACGACCUACUGGAGAAGCCAAUGUUGACUUUGCUACACACCAAGAAGCUGUUGAAGCCAUGAAGAAACACAAGAGCAAUAUGCAGCACCGCUACAUUGAGCUGUUUUUAAACUCACAUCAGAAUGUUCGUAAUCCAAUUGCAAAUGCUAGUGGCAGCUAUGGAAGUAGUAGUAGUGGUGGUGGUGGUUUAGGAGGUGGUUUUGGUGCAAAUAACAACUUUAAUGAUGAUAUGGAUGGCCCAAGGCCAGGUUUUGGAAGUUUUGGAAAUGGUCAGGCUGGUUUUGGUGGAAAUCAAGGUGGAUUUAGAAACCAAGAUGGGGGCUUUGGAAAUGGAGGUGGAUUUGGCAAUGGAGGUGGGAUGAACAACUAUGACAUGGGUGGAGGCUUUGGAGAUAGGAUGGUUGGAGGUGGUCGAAUGAUGGGUAACAACUACACAGCUUUCUGAGUCAUAUACAGUUGUUCAGGUCAAUUUGAAUACAAAGUAAAAAAAAAAAAGUUUUUAGCUUGACAAUGAAAUGUUUCAUUGUAAAGAAAACCACUUUUAAAUAAGUAUUUUAUUGUUCAUGAGUGGAUCUGUUGUAUACCUUGUCAUUUUACUAUCAUUGUUGAUCAGUGUUGUCAUUUGCUUGCAUGUGUGAGUCCUCAUCUCUAUAUUGUUUAUAAAUGAAUAAAAUAUCUCAUACCAUUUUGUUUUUUUAAACACACCGUUGCUUUAGCAUUGCUUUCAUUACAUAGAACAAUAUAUUGAAGUAUUCUGUAAAUAUAUUUACCAUCUUUGGCUUCACUUCAUGUAUUGUGAAAGAUUGAAAUUGGUUUAUUCACACAUUUACCACUGCCUAUGCUUACAGAAACUCUGUAAAUAAACAUUCAUUCAACA